GACUCACUCCUCCCCGGCUCCCAGCCCCGCUCCUGAGCCCGCACAGCUGCUACAGGCUUUAAACUGUGCUCACUCUCUGCCACGGGAAUACUACAGACUUGAAAUAAUGAAAUCAAGAAGCUUUUGGUCACUUCUGGUGUUGCUUGAGGUCUUCCUGUCCAUCACUUGUGGGUGGAUGGAAUCGGACAGGAUCAGAAGGCUUUAUGCGGAUGCAGGGAGAUUGCAACAAAAGGAAUCCAGAAGCUUUGAAGGCACAAGAAGAAAAGUGCUUUAUGGGCAAGAUGGCCUACAUGCAUCAUGUGAAAAAAAGUACUGUGGCCGGGGAAGUAAGUGUGUUGUUAACAAGGAGACUAAUCAGCCUGAAUGCAAAUGCCUAGAAGACUGCAAGCCCAGUUAUAUGCCAGUAUGUGGAUCUGAUGGCAAAUUUUAUGAAAAUCACUGUGAACUCCACCGAGCCUCAUGCUUGCAGAGGAAGAAAAUCUACAUUAUUCACAGCAAAGACUGUUUCUUCAAAGGUGACACUUGCACAAUGGCAGACUACAGCCGUCUUAAAAGCAUACUCCUGGACCUUCAAGCUCAUCACCACAGCCAGCUGAGCAGCCCUGUAGAGGACGGAACAUCCCAGAAGCGCUUGUUAGUUGAGGACAUGUUUAAGUACUUGGAUAUAAACAGUGACGGACACCUCAGCAGCUCUGAACUGGCUCAGCUAAUGGAGAAAGAAGCUCUAGAAGAUGAUUUCUUGGAUUGCACGCUGGAAGAUCUUCUCCGAUUUGAUGAUUACAACAAUGAUGGUUACUUAACCCUGCAAGAACUCUAUACUGCAUUCCAGGUGGUUCAACUCACGCUUUCGGAGGAACAGAAGAUUAGCGUUACCACAGUAACAGUUGGACUGAGCGCUGUAUUGACCUGUGCCAUCCAUGGAACUCUUAAGCCCCCAAUUAUCUGGAAACGCAAUGGAAUCAUACUGAACUUCUUAGAUUUGGAAGAUAUCAACGAUUUUGGAGAAGAUGAUUCCCUCUACAUCACCAAGGUAACAACUAUUCACAUGGGCAAUUACACCUGUCAUGCCUACGGCUAUGAAGAGCUAUAUCAGACCCACAUCCUUCAGGUGAAUGUGCCACCAGUGAUUCGUGUAUAUCCUGAAACUCAGGCACAGGAACCUGGCGUAUCCGCAAGUCUCAAAUGUCACGCUGAAGGCAUUCCUAAUCCCAGAAUUACCUGGCUAAAAAAUGGCAUUGAUAUCAUGCCAAAAUUAUCCAAACAACUAACACUCUUAGCAAAUGGAAGUGAACUUCAUAUCAGUAGUGUUCGAUAUGAAGACACCGGUGCCUACACAUGCAUUGCUAAAAAUGAAGUGGGAGUGGAUGAGGACAUAUCUUCUCUCUUCAUCGAAGAUUCAGCCAGAAAGACUCUUGCAAACAUACUGUGGCGAGAGGAAGGCCUAAGUGUGGGAAAUAUGUUUUAUGUCUUUUCCAAUGAUGGGAUCACAAUCAUUCAGCCAAACGAAUGUGAGAUCCGAAGACAUAUCAAACCCAGUGAGAAGAUUUUUACAAGUUAUGAAGAGAUCUGUCCUAAAGUUGCAGGUGGACCUGUGCAGUCCUGCCUCUGGGCUUCAGCUGUCAAUGUCAGAGACAAAUAUAUUUAUGUGACACAGCCCAAGCAGAACAGACUAAUGAUCAUUGAUAUCCAGACACAGAAAGUCAUGCAGUCUGUGGAUGUUGACCCCCUACCAGCCAAAUUACAUUAUGAUAAAUCACAUGACCAAGUCUGGGUCCUUAGCUGGGGGAACAUGCGGAAGUCCCAUCCAACACUGCAGGUAAUAUCAGAGGCAAGUGCAGGGGAAAAUCAGCAUAUCAUCCGCACGCCAUUUGAAGAUGUGGAUGAUUUUUUCAUACCACCUACAAAUCUUAUUAUUAAUCACAUUAGAUUUGGGUUCAUCUUUAACAAAUCGAAAUCUGCAGUUCACAAAAUUGACCUGGAAACUGUGACCCACAUCAAGACUAUCAGCUUCAGAAACUAUAGCUGCAAACCACAGAGCAUGGCUUAUACCCAUUUGGGCGGCUACUUCUUUGUCCAAUGUAAAAAAAAUUCAUCAAUAAUAGCACCUCCCCAGCUCAUUAUUGACAGUGUUACAGAUUCUGUGAUUGGCCCUAACAGUGACAUAUCGGGUACGCCCUAUAUUUCCCCUGAUGGACGCUAUUUGGUCAGUGCAGCUGAAGACAGUGGCAGGAUUAAAGUCCAGGCAAUAACCAUCCAAGGGGAAAUCAAGUUGAUUUAUGACUUACAAACAAAUGUACAUGUAUCUGAUCUGACAUUUCAACCCUCUUUCACUGAAGGCAAUCAGUACUAUAUAUAUGCUACGUCACAUUUGCAAACCGAUGUGCUUUUUGUAGAGCUGUCAACAGGGAAAAUGAAUGUACUGAAGAAUUUAAAGGAGCCUAUCAUGUCCAAAGACUGGCCCUGGAGCAGCUACAACAGAAUUAUGAAAGACAGUGGAUUAUUUGGACAGUAUCUUAUUACACCAGCUAAGAAUUCACUGUUUGUUAUUAAUGGGAGACAAAACACAUUACACUGUGAGGUUUCAGGUAUCAGGAGGGGUAACACGGUGGUCUGGGUUGGAGAAGUAUGAAAGGGCACAAAAGUAGAGCCUGCAGCAGACAAGUACUGAUUGGACCUUACACUGCAACAAAUAGGCAGUAGCAUUGUAUAUUUUUACACUGGGGAAAAAAACUGUAUAAGCUUCAUGGUGCAACACUGGUCUACUUGCAAGUUUUAUAGUAUAAGGUAUGCUCUGCUAAUAGAAAUUGGGUUGUGUUGGGAUAUUUUUUGGAAGUAUGAUUUACGGCUUGGCUUAUGAAAAGAAUGUAUACCUGGAAAGAGAAUCAUUUCUCCACCGAGGUAUUGAAUAAGCUGCGUAACUUGAUGAUUCUGUAGAACAAAACAGCUUCUGAGUUUCAGUACUGAUGAGUCUCUAAGUUAUGUUGAAGUCAUCAGUUUUCUUUCAGCCAGUCUAACUUCAAAUCACCUGUACUUCUGACUGUAGGGCCCUGGUUAUACUACCCUUAACAUUGCCUAAACACGUAAGCAGUAAAAACACAUUUAAAACUGACCUUUGUAGUAAGAAAAAUAAAUCACAGAGAGCAGUUUUCAAAAUGCAGACAUCUAGGUGAGAAAUUUAA